AUGUCUGAACAGCUCGUUGAAGAGACUCUCUGCUACGGCCCACACUCUCUCCAGACUAUCACCGUCGCUACCGUCCCGAAGGGACCACCGACUGGCCUCUGGGUAGUUCUCAUCCACGGCGGCGCCUGGCGCGACCCAGCUCAAACCGCCGAUUCAUUCCUCCGUCCCGCCGCAUCCAUUCUCAAAUCCAACCCCAUCUACGGCAUCGUCUUCUCACGCAUCGCUGGCUUCGCGUCCAUCAACCACAGACUCAGUGCUCAUCCAAAUCACCCACAAGACCCCCAGACCACGGAUGCGCACGAACUCCGCAAUGUUAAACACCCGGAUCACAUCCGCGACGUGCAAGCGGCGCUGAGGCUUCUGCAGGACACCUACGGCUUCGGGGAGAGAUAUCUUCUUGCGGGACAUAGUUGUGGAGCUACUUUGGCGUUCCAAUAUGUGAUGGACGGACUGAAGCUACAUGGUGACGGCGAUAGUAUUGCCCAGCCGAUGGCGAUCCUGGGAACCGAGGGGAUCUAUGAUGUGAAACUCUUGCGCGAUACCCAUAAGCAUAUCACUGAGUAUCAGGAAUUCUCUGAGGGUGCUUUUGGCUCUGAUGAGUCUGUUUGGGAUGCUGCAUCGCCCGCCGCCAAAGGAGAAGAUGGUUUGUCUGGUGUCGAGCGUGGUUGGAAGUCUGGCUUGGUGGCUAUAGUCGCGCAUUCGGAAGAGGACAGCUUGGUCGAUAGGGGCCAAGCAAAUGCGAUGACGAAUGCUCUUUACCGCUGGGGAGCGCAGAAGGAGCCGUCGACUCGGCGUGUCGUUUGGCUACAAUUGAGGGGCGAGCAUGAUGAACCGUGGGAGAAGGGCGACGAACUGGCAAGGGCGAUUGCUUUCGCAAUUGACGAAUUACCGAAUGGAGUAUUAUCAUCAUUAUCAUAA